AUGACCACUACCAUUCUCGAUCCCAAGACAAAGGAAAUGGAGGUUCACUCCUCGGCCUUGUCCAUCAGAUCCAAUAGUAUUACAAGAACAUCCAUCGCGAGUCCAUCCUCUUUUUGCCCAUCACGCAUUUUAACAAUUAAAGCUCGAGGCAUUCGUGCUUUUCGUCUCCCACUGCUAUCUCUCCAAACUGAAAUCUUAAUCUGA